ACCACACCUGAUGAGAACAUUUUCUUGCUGUGGUUUACCGAACGAACCAAGAAUCUGAAUACCUGCAGUCACGAAAGCUUUAAAUCAGAGCCUUCCUCAUUUUAACUUAAGUCGUGUCGUUGGUCACAUCCCUUGGGUGCCACUCAACGGCUCUAUAUAACCUGCAUCCAACUGUCACGCAUUUCUGAUUCAGAGCAACCUCUUCUGCCUAGUUGAAUCUGCAACUCUUGUCAGAUUCUGAGCUUUAAAGCCACUUAACCCUAUGCUUCUGCAAGGUUCCUAACAUCAGGCAUGCAGAAGUAGCUAAAGACCAGAAGGAGUCAGAAUGAUAAUGCUCCUGUCUCCCACCUGCCUGAGCAUUAUGUUAAGCUUUAAUAUUUUUAAGAGGUUUAUAUACAGUACUCCAUAAAAACCUGUUCGCCAUCAAUCUAUUGGUGGCCUCAGACCCCCGGUUGAAACCUUCCUCAAAUGCCUUCACGCUCUAAUUUCCGACUGAAACCUGGGGGCAAAGAUGCGAGAGCCCAUCUACAUAGUCAACUCGAGCAUCUUGCAUUGUGGUUACAGGCAUGCACAUCUAAAUUGCAUUGGGCUGUAGAAGGUUUGUUAAAAAAUAUAUAUUUGCGAUUUCCUUGCCUUGCAUGAAAUGCUUGUAACAUUUCCACAACCAUUUUUAUUCUUGCAACAUAACUCAAAGACGAAGCAUUGUUAGCCUAAAUUCUACCAACCAUGCAGGUUCUCGUGUUCCCUGCUAAUCUGCUAUGCGCUAUGAGCUAUUAGUCUCCCCUAUGGAUUAUGUUUGGUUGGGGGGGGGGGGGAGCUGCAGGCCCUGGCAACUUGUUGCAAUUCAGCGGUUCUGUACGACGAUGGAUGUGGCCUUUCAGAGUUCCGUCUCCAUAUGGCAAGCGCACUCUCAAAUCCCGGCAGCCUUGGCACCGUUCGCUAUGCAUUCAAUCGCACACCUUGAAAGAUGCGUCCUCGUCAGCCCAUGCGGCUCAUUACUGCAGUGCGCCUACCUGUCGCUACAACGCACUGCACAAAGGCACUUUGUACACGAAGCACAUUUUUAUCAGCAUUAUGGGCAUUGAUCGGUUUAAGUCGCACGUGCAUCGCCCGAUCUUUAAUAAAAACGUGGUAAUUGACAUUUCAUUCUCUCAAUAAAAUCUCUCAUCGGUAACAAAACGACUAAUUCGGUCACCAUUAACGGCACAUUGGAUUUGGUAUCGUGUUUGAAACGUUGACAAAUGUCACUACGGUUAUUCCCACAACGGAGGCACUUUCACCGUACGUUAUAGCCUUAAACGAUGCUGUACAACUCUAAGAAUAUCUUGUUAGGUUUAUCAUCAGGCUCGGCCCAAAUGUGUCCCAACUCCAUGGUUCAAGCGAGUGUUCCAGCAACCAGCACAACUCCAAAAACAACCACCUCUCCUCACACUUGCCCCGGGUCUCCCUCUUUUAGCGGAGCUUGCCAAAGUGCUCAAGUGGCUUCAAAAUGCCCAACUCGUCCCAUCCAAAAACCUUCCCUGCAGGUGUAGCGGCUUUUGGCUGGCCAUCAAACAAAGACGCUUUCGGAUGCGCUUCUGCGGCCGUCUGGAAAGCUCUUCCGUCCGAUAUUAGGAAGCCACUGAAGCUAUGCACUUUUUACAAAAUCUAGAUUUCUAACUAAUUCCUUUAGAACUUAUUUUUGUGUUCAGUUUGUUGUCCUUCCCCCGCACCUCUGAUUAGCAUGGUUGGCUACUGCGGUGCAAAAGAAGUUCAACAUUCAUACGUAUAAAGGUGAUGAGGGCUAAUUGCUCUCGCCACCAUUGCUGACAUAAUGAGCUCUAUAGAGGCACUCGGGGCUCUAGAGGGCAUUCCGGACAACUUUGACGCUGCGAGUAUCAACAAUUUAGCCCCACCGCACGCGAUCUACCGAUCGACUGACUUUGGUGGCUAUCGGACAUUGGGCAUCUCGCUCCUGAACAUAUCGCCAUACCCGAGCAUAGAAUUAAUAAAAAAAAGUUGUGAAAAUUGAGAGGGGAGUGCGAAGAGAGGGGAAAUCGUUAAAAUGGCAGAACCUACGCAGUUGUCAAAGUAUUUUGCAACACUGGGAAUUGAUUGUUGUCGCCAAAGACGAACGGCAACACCCAAAAGCACUGGCUACUCUUGGUAUGCGGUUGCCAUCGUAGCCUUUGGCUGACUUGGCUUAACUGGUCACACAUUCUCCACACAGAAUGUGCACCCAUUCUAUGCAGCACCUCUCAGCGGUCUGCAAUAACUCUUGUGGCCAAAAAAAAGAUCUCCUUUAGAGCUGUAAAUUAACGUGUGGGUGUUAAAAAUGUCCAUUCGUGUUUUUUUUUAAAUAGAAGUUAUCCCCAGUGUUCCAUUGUCAUUUAUAAACCCUUGCAAUAAUUACAUGCACUUCAAUAAUUAAUGUAUAAUGCACUUUCACAGCCUUCAUCGGUGACAUAUUUGACGAUUGCGUGAACUUACACUUUCCGAGGCAACAUUAAUCAGCCUACACAAGUUAAUUUAACAUUUUAAAAACUAAUCAUUUUAAGUCUUCGAAUUAGUCACAGCUUGCUUAAAACACUGCUCUUUCAUAGAUGCGACCUCUAUUCGAGUAGUUUCUGAAAAAGCGGAACACGCAAACACACAACACUGAGGAUUGUUUUUUGUAUUAUCGUAUUAUUGUCCAUAACUUAAUACAGCAUGAACUUGAGCGAAAGUCUCCUUCGAGAAAACUCUUAAAACAGCGACCGGCCUGCUCAGCAGUAAUUACUUUCUCAACUCGUCCGAAGUGCGAAGUGGACUAUAUCCAAUCGAGCCCCGAGAGCAAGAUGAGUUUUGACGCCCUGCUAAGGGACGUCGGGGAGUUUGGCCCCUAUCAGAAGCGCGUCUUCAUCAUGCUCUGCUUACCCUGCACCGUCUUUUCAUUCCAGUACCUCGGCGUACUUUUCCUCGGACAAGUGCCCCGCCACCGCUGCAAGGGCCCGCCAGAGACGCGGCAAGCGGCCAGCCCCGACUGCGGCGUCAGCCCGGCAGCUGCCGCGCGUGGCAACUGGAGCGAGACGCGUGCCGCCGCCGCCGCCGCCGCCACCGCCCAUGGGUUCGGAUGGGACCUCCGCUGCAAGCGGCUCAACCUGACAUCGUGGGCUGCAAUCUUGAAUUCCUCCUCGUCCUCGUCCUCCUCUUCGUGUCAGCUGCCCGCGCUGGGGCUCAGAGGCGGGUGGCCACCCAACGGGUCCCUGUCCGACCACCUCGUGCCCUGUGACCACGGCUGGGAAUUUAACCGCGAGGACGCGGAGUCGACGAUCGUCACGGAGUUCGGGCUCGUUUGUGAGAAUGCUUGGCUUCUCGAUUUCGCCCAGGCCCUCCUAAACCUGGGCUUUUUGCUUGGAGCCAUCAUCAUGGGCUACAUCUCUGACAGGUUCGGACGUCGCUGGAGCUUCCUGAUCUCCAUCGUGCUGCAAACCGUGUCCGGGGUGCUGGUGUCCCUCGCGCCCAACUACGCCACGUUCGUCGCCCUGCGCACCCUACAGGGGAUAUUCAACAUGGGCAGCUGGACGACUGGCUUUGUGAUUGUGACCGAGUUUGUGGGCUCCAGCCAGCGCAAGGUGGUGCACAUGGUGAUGCAGAUGUUCUUCAGCUUCGGAGUCAUCAUAAUGCCUGGCAUCGCUUACUACCUACGCACGUGGCGCUACCUGCAACUUGCGUUCACAUUACCUAACGCCAUCUUCAUUACCUACUACUGGUUGCUGCCUGAAUCGCCGCGCUGGCUGCUCUCGCGGAAUCGUAAAAAAGAAGUGGUCGCCGCUUUCGAGAAAAUUGCACGAGGCAACAGGCGAGUUCUGUGCAGCUCCUUCCAAAAGGGUUUUCAGGCAAUAAUAGCACCUGACAUGAAGUCCCCCACCCCAUCUCUUAUGGACCUGCUGAGGUCCCCAAAGAUUCGCAAGUACACCCUGGUGCUCAUGUUCUACUGGUUCGUGGUAGCCGUGGUGUACCAGGGGUUGGCGCUGAGCACGGGGAACCUGGGAGGGAACCUGUACGUGGCGUUUCUGCUGGGUGGCGUGGCUGAGAUCCCCGGAGCCCUGUUGGUGAUUGCCCUCGUGGACCGCAUCGGACGGCUGCCCCUCAUGUCCGUGGGGCCCAUCCUCUCGGGCCUCUUCUGCCUCGCGUCCACUCUGGUGCCCGUCGAGAUGGAGUGGCUGUAUGUGGCACUGGUCAUGCUGGCCCGCCUCUGCAUGACGAUGGCCUACCAGAUGGUGUGUCUGCUCAGCAACGAGCUGUACCCCACGUUCCUCAGGAAUUUUGCCGUGUCUAUAUGCUCAUCACUGUCUGGCAUUGGUGGGAUAGCUGCGCCGUUUCUCCUCUACCGACUGUACAACAUCUGGAAGCAUCUUCCACUCAUAAUAUUUGGGAUUCUAGCGAUUGCUGAAGGAUUUUUAAUUCUGCUUCUGCCAGAAACAAAAGGCCUGCCUUUGCCUGAAACCAUUCAAGAUGCGGAGAACAUCGGAAAGAUUCAAAAGGCAAAGCGGGCAUGCAGGUCGAACUCGCACAGAGAUGUGAUAUAUUCACUUGGGAAAGCAGCGAGCAACAACAUGGAACUUGAGUGUAUAUAAGCGUCGGGUGAAAGGACCCUGUGCGAAACAGCUGUCUGAAAACGCGAAGAUGAUUUUUAUUUUUGUGUUCCCAGUAGUUGAAGUUAACGCAUACACUGUGAAAAUCAAAUGCUGUACUGAUGUAUUAAUUCGGUUACUCUGGUGUAACAGUCAACAUAGAGAGUUACUUACACAUUGAUAUCAUGUAAAUGAUUGAAGCCUUUACGAUUUUACAAAGGACUGAGAUGAAUAUACGGUGUGAAAUAUACACGGGAGUUUGAAUUAAUCUUUAACCCCUCCAUCUAUGUUAUGUUCGUGGGAGGCGGGACUAAAAUAAAACCCAUUGCGACAU